CCCCCAGGCAUUCACGCGGCCGGAGCGGAGGACAGGCCGGAGCGGUUGCGGCCGGGCCUGGCGUGGUUCGUGGCGGAGUCGUCGGACACGCACGCGGAAGCGAGGUGGGAGAGCGGCAGGCGCGGACGCCUCCGCGCCAGCGACGAGGAGGGAGGUGCCACGCCGGUUCAUAGGCUCCAUUAAAUACUCCUCCAACCCCGAGACACGCAGAUAAGACCAAAUCGAUCGAUCUCUUCGCCUAGCUCCAUAUGCGAUUGGGGUGCGGCUUAAGCAACUCCAGCUCAAAGUUUCUCCUUGCGGCUUUCUCACGCACUAGUAUAUGCUCUUCCACUAGCAAGCAAGCUUCUCUCAUGUCGUGAGCUGUAGAUUAGGGGGAGAUUUGUUCUUUUUGGUCUGGUUUUUUUGUGGUUUCUUGAUUGUUGGGGGUAAUGGCGCACCGGGGCGGCCGGUUCUUGGAGGUCGCCGGGGUGGCGGUGCGGCCGGCCGCGGACGGGAAGGCAUUGCUGCCGCUGCUGCCGGCGGCGGCGCCGUCGCCAGUGCUGCCGUCGUGGGACCCCACCGCCGCGACGCCGUGCUCUUGGGUCGUGGCAGGGGGUGACGUGCUCGCCGCAAAGCCGGGUCAGCCUGUCGUGGCUCCCGCCGCAGCUCCGCAACCUCGACCGCUUCGACUCCAACAUCAAGCAGAUGGCCGACAACGGCAGGCUAUAGGCUGCAGCCGCUCCUCACAAGGCUGCUCCACGGCGAACCGGACACGCAGCCACGCAGGUCGCCAUGGCCGACUACCUCGGCGAGCUCGCGCUGGCGAACGACGACAAGGCCACGGUUGCCGAAGCCACCCGUGGCCGUGGAGAGGAGGGGGAUAAGGAUGUGAACGGAGACGGCGUGAGAGAUGAGAUGAAAAAAGUGACUGGAGUAGCAUGGUUCCAAUUUUAGAAAUUUCCAGUGGCACGUAGCCGAUAUGAUGAAUAGCAGUGAUAUUUUUUUAAUUUGGCAAAAUUGCAGUAGCAUGGAUCCAAUUAACCCUGGAAUUUUAUGUGAUUCUUAACGCAACACAUAUAGAAAGGAUGUGUGUCGCCUGCUAACAUGUGGUGGUGGUGUUUCCAUUGGAAUGGAAUGGAUGGGGAUAAGUGAAAAAUCAAAAAGGGCAUGGCAAUUGGUGGGUUAGAACUGAACUGUGAGGAGCUUCAGAGACUAUGGAGCAAGGUGUAGCUGGAGAAAACGUGUACAACACAGAGAGACUGCACAGCUACGGAAGUGGUAAACACCAGUGCUAGUAUAUGUAUGGAUUGAAGGUAACGUAGCAUUUGCCUUCACCACAACUCUGCAAGUCACCAGCAUGGCUAUCAAGCUUACAAAAUAUCAGUUCUUUUCUUCUCGUGCCACUGCACUGCACCUAAGGAGGAGAGAGCUGAAGUUGCUUCCAUUCCCAUCUUUUCCCUGCAGCUCUAGUUCAGCUCCUAACACUUGUUCACAGCAAAGUCAUCUCCUGUUAGUUUCAUCUGCAGGACCUAGAGAACAAACAUUACUUCCGGCUGAUUCCCGUUCUUCUCUCCCUCAUGGCAUCACUGAUAACGGUACAAGAAAGGAAGGAAGGAGGAGGAGGAGGGGGAGAAAGAGGAAGGAGACAGCAAAAGAUGAAGGGGAGUGUGUUCCAUCUGCGGAGGAAGUGUCCAUUAGGGUAAAUACUCUUUAUGAGAGUGGCGACCCCAUUGGGAAGAAGGAGUUGGGCCGGUGCGUGGUACAAUGGCUAAAGCAGGGUAUGCACUCAAUGGCUAUAAAAUAUGCUUCCACAGAAAUGCAGAACGAUGGAGCAACAUUCUUACUGGAUGGUGGAUCAUCUGAAGACAACCUCGGAUUUGUGAUGCUUGCACAGCCUUAUCUAUCAGCAAUUCCCAUGCCCAAGGGACAGGAGGCGCUCUGCCUCAAGGCCUCUACUCACUAUCCUACCCUCUUUGACCACUUUCAAAGGGAACUCCGUGAUGUUCUGUUGAAACAACAGAACCAGGGUCUUAUUUCUGAUUGGCGCACCACUCAAUCUUGGAUGCUUCUGAAAGAAUUGGCUAACUCAGCUCAGCAUCGAGCAGCUGCCCGCAAACCUAAAGCUCCUACUACGCACAGUACUCUUGGCAUAAGUCUUGAUAAGACAAGGUUGAUGCAGACCAAAAUUGAAGACUUUGUCAAGAAAAUGUCAGACCUUCUACAUAUAGAACGAGAUGCGGAGCUGGAGUUUACACAAGAAGAACUGAAUGCCACCCCUGUGAUGGAUGGGAACUCAAAGAAGCCACUCAAACCAGUAGAGUACUUAGUCACUCAUGGGCAGUCACAGCAAGAGCAGUGCGAUACCAUUUGCAAUUUGAAUGUUAUCAGCAGUUCAACUGGGUUGGAUGGCCAGCAUCUGGUCCUAUUUAGAGUGAAAGAUAACCAUAGAUUGCCUCCAACCACACUCUCUCCUGGGGAUAUGGUUUGUAUCAGGACAUGUGAUAACCGGGGGGAAAUUACCACAUCUUGCAUGCAAGGCUUUAUAUAUAAUCUUGGUGAGGAUGGUUGCAGCAUUACCGUGACACUGAAAUCCCGCCGUGGUGAUCCUACGUUCUCCAAGCUUUUUGGGAAAAAUGUGCGGAUUGACAGGAUUCAGGCAUUGGCUGACGCACUUACAUAUGAGCGAAAUUGUGAAGCACUGAUGCUUCUUCAAAGGAAAGGUUUACAGAAAAAGAAUUCUUCCAUUGGAGUAGUAGCCACUCUGUUUGGGGACAAGGAAGACAUGAUGAUGAUGGAGCAGAAUAAUCUGGCUGAUUGGGGAGAAUCAACAAUACAUGAUGAUGAGCUAUUGAAAAAGAACAAAUAUGACUUUGAUGCCUCCCAGUUAAAAGCUAUCACACUAGGCUUGAACAACAAAAGGCCUGUCCUAAUAAUCCAAGGACCUCCUGGCACGGGCAAGACUGGUUUGCUUAGUUAUCUCAUUGCAUGUGCUGUCCGAAAGGGUGAACGCGUUCUCGUAACUGCUCCAAGCAAUGCAGCAGUUGAUAACAUGGUGGAGAAGUUGUCAGAUACUGGACUGGACACAGUACGAGUUGGAAAUCCUGCUAGGAUAUCUCCAUCUGUUGCUUCAAGGUCCUUGGGAGAGCUUGUGAACAGAAGACUUCAGAAGUUCACAGAAGAGUUCGAGAGGAAAAAAUCCGACUUGAGAAAGGACUUGAAGCAUUGCAUACAGGAUGAUACAUUAGCCGCAGGUAUACGUCAACUGUUGAAGCAGCUUGGGAAGAACUUUAAAAAGAAGGAAAAGGAAAUAAUCAGAGAGGUCCUUUCAAAUGCUGAUGUUGUCCUAUCAACUAAUAUUGGGGCAGCUGACCCACUUGUGAGGAGGAUUGGUUGCUUUGACUUAGUAAUUAUUGAUGAAGCAGGACAAGCAAUCGAACCCUCAUGCUGGAUCCCUAUCUUACAAGGAAAAAGAUGCAUUCUUGCUGGUGAUCAACGGCAGCUUGCACCUGUUGUUUUAUCAAGAGAGGCUAUGCAAGGUGGACUAGCAAUGUCUUUACUCGAAAGAGCUUCAUCGUUGCAUAAUGAACUACUGACAACGAAAUUAACAACACAAUACAGAAUGCAUGAUUCAAUUGCCAGUUGGGCAUCUAACGAGAUGUAUGAUGGUUUUCUCAAAUCCUCCCCAUCCGUUGCUUCUCAUCUUCUUGCUGAUUACCCAUUUAUCAAGGAAACUUGGAUAACUCGGUGUGCCUUUCUUUUACUUGACACUCGUAUGCCGUACGGAAGUUUGAAUAUUGACUGUGAGGAGCAUUUAGACCCUGCUGGUACAGGAUCUUUUUAUAACAAUGGCGAGGCAGAUGUAGUUUCACAGCAUGUUUUGAACCUUGUACAAUGUGGUGUCUCUCCAACCGCGAUUGCCGUCCAGUCACCUUACAUUGCGCAAGUACAACUAUUAAGAGACAGGCUAGAAGAUUAUCCAGAGGCUUCUGGUGUUGAGGUUUCAACUAUAGAUAGCUUCCAAGGGAGGGAGGCAGAUGCCGUGGUCAUAUCAAUGGUUCGUUCAAACACUUUGGGAGCUGUAGGAUUCCUUGGCGACAACAGGCGCAUGAAUGUGGCCAUCACAAGGGCACGCCGUCAUGUCGCACUUGUCUGUGAUAGUUCUACAAUCUGCAACAAUGCUUUUCUGGCUAGGCUCCUUCGCCAUAUCCGUCAGCACGGCCAGGUUAGACAUGUUGAACCUGGUUCCUUUGGCGGGGAUUCUGGUCUUGGCUACACUCCACCUGCCUUGCCCUCAAUCAGUUAGUUUUUCGAUUGCAACUUGUCGGUGUUGUUUCUGCGUGUAUAUAUAACCACGAUUUCUACUGCUAAAAUUGAGAGGUCGAUCUAUCAUGGCCCUAAAUAUGAGUCUGGCAGAUGGGAAAAUAUAACGUCAAUUGAUUGGCAGACUUGCAUUGAUGAUCUAACCAGGUUGUCAACCAUGCAUUUUCAAUCCCGAAACAAAAACAUCAGUUUCGUGUCCUGUAAUAUGCUGCUGCUUGUUGCUGGAUGAUGGGUUCCUUGUGAAUGUGAAUGUUUGUAAUUUGUAUAUUCCGCUA